AGGAAGCGGAAGAGUCGGUUUCCUGAGGCGGGCGAUAAAGGAGGGCGCGCCGAGAUGGAGGCGGCUUCGCAGGCGGCCGGGGUGGUGGUGCUGGAACGCGGCUCCCCCCCAACGCCGGCGCCCGAGUGUCCGCAUGGUCCUACUCUUCUGUUUACAAAGAUUCUUCAAGGGAAAGAAAAGGGAAGAAGGUUUUAUGCUUGUUCUGCUUGUAGAGAAAGAAAAGACUGUAAUUUUUUUCAGUGGGAAGAUGAAAAGAUAUCAGAAGCUCGACUUUCAGCACGGAAAAAAUACAACCAGAGUCAUCAACCAUCUAAAACUCAUUCAGACAAUGUGAAAAGGUACAAGGAUUUUAUCACUCUACCACUAUCAAAAAGGAAGUUUUGUCAAGAAUGUCAACUGCUGCUGUUGGUACCUGAGUGGGAAAGACACUCUGGACAUCCGGUACUUACUGAUAUCUCAGUUGCCCAGCUGAGAAGACCUAGCCAACUCCUUAGUCCUCUGGAGAACAAGAAGACAAAUGCACAGUACCUCUUCACUGAUAGAAGUUGCCACUUCCUGCUGGAUCUUCUUAUUGUGCAAGGUUUCAAAAGAGUGCUGUGUGUGGGCACUCCAAGGCUUCAUGAACUGAUCAAGUUGGAAGCUUCACCCAAACAGAAGAACUUCAUGAAGAGCCUUUUACUUGAUAUUGACUUCAGGUAUUCGCAGUUUUAUCCCGAAGAGGAAUUUUGCCACUAUAACAUGUUUAACCAUUAUUUCUUUGCUGGAGAGGUAAGGGCUAGUUAAGUUUUGUGAACAUUUUAUCAAAGCUCUGUCUGGUGCAAGAGGAGUGGGUUAUUCCCCCUCUGAGCUUUGUGGAAGUCUUUCUUUUUUCUUUUUUAAAUUCUCCCUGCUUUGAAGCUAGUAAUCUGUAUUUUUUGCCACAAAAGAAGAAGUUUCUCCUUUCUGAACCCAGAAUGAGAGGGCAGUGAAAACAAUUGGUGGUAGUAAC